AAUUGGUAGUUGAAAAAGAACAGUGCAAUGGACUGUCACUUUUCUUUCUUGUUCUGCAUAACUUGUAGAUUUCCAACCAAAGUCUUCUAGAUGCGCCCUAUGACUAAUCACACAUACAUACGUGUUUAAUAGUUGACCCACAUAAUCGUACUUACACUAGUGUUCCAUAAGUAUAGGCGGCUGUAGUUAUUUGAAUAUAUGAACUAAAGUUACUGUUGGCUGUCCCUUGUGCACUUCAACUUAUUGCCCAUUUUCAGCUUCUUUCAGGAAUGUUAAGGGAAAUUAUUGUGGUUCUGUUGAUUGGGUUGCUGGCAUGGGCAUAUCAGUCCACCUACCCUCCACCUCCCAAAAUUUGUGGUAGCCCAGGCGGCCCUCCCAUCACAGCACCUAGAGUAAAGCUAAGGGAUGGAAGGCAUUUGGCCUAUAAGGAGCAUGGUGUAUCUAGAGAGAUUGCCAAACAUAAGAUCAUUUAUGUUCAUGGCUUUGCCUCCACCAGGCAUGAUUGUACAACUGCUACAAACAUCUCUCCGGAAGUUAUUGAGGAGCUGGGUGUGUAUUUAGUGUCUUUUGACCGGCCAGGUUAUGGCGAAAGUGAUCCAGAUCCAAAGCGAACUCCAAAGAGUUUGGCUCUUGAUAUAGAGGAGCUUGCUGAUCAUUUGGGACUGGGAGAAAAAUUCUUUGUGAUUGGUCUUUCUAUGGGAGGCCAGGUUGUCUGGGGUUGCCUCAAGUACAUCCCUCACAGGCUUGCUGGAGCAACAUUGAUUGCUCCUGUUGUCAACUACUGGUGGCCUGGAUUUCCUGCCAACUUGUCUAAGGAAGCCUACUCCCUAAAGCUUCCACAAGACCAAUGGAUGCUACGUAUUGCUCACUACACUCCCUGCCUCACCUACUGGUGGAACAAACAGAAAUUGUUCCCUGCAUCAGCUGUUGUAGCUAGAAGGCCUGAAGUUUUCUCUCCAAAGGAUCUGGAGCUCCUUCCUCUGGUUGCCAAACAAAAAUCCAAGCUGGAGAUACUACAACAAGGAGAGUUUGAAUCCCUGCAUCGCGACAUGAUGAUUGGAUUUGGGAAAUGGGAAUUUGAUCCCAUGGAUCUUGAUAGUCCUUUUCCUAAUGACGAAGGUUCCAUUCAUCUAUGGAAUGGUGAGGAAGACAGGAUGGUGCCAGUCAGCUUGCAGCGUUACAUCGCCCAAAAACUUCCCUGGAUUCACUACCAUGAGGUGCCUGGUGCUGGACAUUUGUUACCAUAUGUUCCAGGGGUAAGUGAAGCUAUUCUAAAGGCUCUUCUGCUAGCCGGAAAGUAGCCUUGUGAUUGAAUUUAAUAUCCUACUGUCUCUAAUUUUCUUAUACAAUAAUUUAUCUGCAAAAGUGAUAUUUGAGCCAUGUUGAAAAAGGAUUUGGUUUUGACAAUAAUUUUCAUCAAAUUAUAGUGUGAGCAAUCCAUUGAGGAUUGUGAUUUUAGCA